AUGGCCUGCGAGACACGCCCGGCAAGGGCUCGUGGCCAUAAUGGAGGAUCACAGCCGAGACACAGACAAUGGACGCUCAGGAAUGCAUCAAUAGCCAUGCUGUCAGUACUUUCUGGCUCCGCUUCAGCACAAGACUGCAUUUCCUUAAAGGGAUCGACAGCAUGCCCGGCCUUUCAAGCUGCUUCUAUAUCCACCAACCAGUCAUUAAUCGAUACUUUCUCAUUCUUGCGAUAUGUCUCUGAUAGAGAGACUUUUGACACUCAAUUGACUAGUUUUGUCAAAACCACCUAUCUCCAAGACAAAUUCCAGUCAACGUUUGGCUGCCACAACAUUAAUUAUACAAACCCCAGCGACAUGUACGCACGCUACACCACUACAGUUAUUUGCAGUUCCAUUGUCCAGAUGUCUGCGGCUGGCUGCGGCGUAUCAGCAUCAAACUCGCAACCCAUCUGCGCCGAAACCUGUGCCGAGUACGCCCAGAGCGAAGCUUACAUCACCGCCGACACAGCUUUAUGCGGGAACCCUAAUGGUGACCUGAAUAAACUGAUCCGAGCCGAUUUCACUGUCUGUGCUCUUCCUGAGCAGGCCCUUUCCGGCGGCUGCAUCGUGGGCGUGGAUAAUGAGCCGGAUAACUGUGGAUUUGGUAACAGCACCAUUGGUCUCUGCUCAUACUGCGGUGCCGGCGGCAUCAACUCCACGGAUACCUGCUGUUACAGUGCCGGUGCGGAAUCUCGAUGCAAAGGGGUUAAGCUGCCUGAUAUCACCGCCACCUUGACCUUUACCGCGCCCACUUCAACCUCGACACCGACAAGUUCCCCGGAGCCGGUUGCUAGCAGCAGCGGCAGUCACCUCAGCGGGGGUGCCAUCGCCGGUAUUGUGAUUGGUUCCAUUGCUGGAGUUGUCAUUCUUGCUGCUCUCUUGUUCUUCUGCAUUAGGAUGAUGAGGCGCCGACCAAGCAGCGCGCAGGGUAGCAUCUUCAACCAGCCUUCCCCGGCUCGCAAAGGACCUCCCAUGAGCCAGGACGGCGCGGCAGCUCCCCGAGGAUAUGAAAUCCUUCCCGGUGGUCGUAUCGCGCGCAUGUCUGCUUUGGAGGGACACUCGGGCAACUCUCCUUCCCGACACGGUAGCUCUCCUUCUGGCCGUGCGGUGCCGUAUGCCCCCAAGGCUGGAGAUCGCAUGUCCUCAUCCGAAUUUGGCGACACUCCUGAGCCCGAGACUCCCUAUACAUCACUCCGUGGCCCACCGAUGACAUCCAGGAGGCAAGGCUCUCUAUCCAGUAACUCUAUGCUUGGAAGCGAUGUCCCUGGUAGCCCCAUUGGAUUCUCAUCUCCCGGCGGACUUGCAAGUCAGCAAUCGGAGCAAUUGCCUUUCUUCAAAGACUACUAUUCCCAAGACGACAUUCACCCUGGCGAAAAGGUUGCCGUCCUGUGGGCUUACCAGCCGAGGGCUCCGGAUGAGUUUGCUCUGGAGCGUGGAGAUAUGCUCAAGGUCGUGGGCAUCUGGGAUGACGGUUGGGCGACUGGUCUCAUGGUUGAUCAGCGAGCGGAGGAAUGGGAGGCGCGGAGACAGGCGCAGAGAGAUAGCGGCGUAUCGAGCUCGUCCGCUCCCAGAGAUAGCUCGCCCCAGGGCCACGGCGACCUCAAGGCAUUCCCCUUGGUGUGUGUCUGCCUGCCGGAGCACUGGAGGAAGACGAUUGAGGGAGACGCUUCGACGGAUACUGGAGCCAGCGGUCUCCAUGGGACGCCUGUUUGA